AUGACGGCUCCGCUUCCAGAGCGCACCUGCAACCCCGUGUGGAGAAACGUGUUCCUCACAACGGUGAACUUCGAGGCCCCCGACCCGCCUCCCGGCGACUUGCGCCUGGAGGUCUGGGACGUGGGCUCGAGCUACAAGCACAGGUUCCUGGGAGAGGUGUGCGCGCCCUUCCCUGACAGACCAUGCCGGAGGCAGUACCAGCUGAAGUUGGAGCACAACGCCAGCAAGAUGGAUGACGCGACCAAGAUCGUCAAUGGCUAUUUGUCCUUCCAGGUCAAAUUCGGUUCGGGCGACCUCUUCACUCUCGAUCGCGAGCUAGAGGAUGUAUCACUCGUCCCUGCAAUCGAGUCGCACUCCGUGACUGGGCAGCUUGUGCUCACCAUAUCUAAGGGCAAGUCCAUUCCUCGCAGUGAUGUCCUGCCUACUUCGGACCCGUACUGCUUGGUUUACGUCGCCGCGGGGCCCAAGCAGGUUGUGUCUUGGAGAACCGCCACGAAGUUGGCUACCCGCGACCCAGUCUGGGACGAGACCAGGGAGUUCUCGAUCAAUUGGCCUAAAAGCGAGGUCGGGGAGGCGGCGAUCGUGAGAGUCGAGGUCUGGGACUACGACGUCUUGACCGACGACGACUUCUUGGGCGAGGUGACCUUCCCCCUCCCAGGCGCCGAGUGCGACGACGCGCUCGAGCUGGAGCUCCAGCCCAACCGAAAGAAGGGUGCCGUCUUCACGCAGGGUAAGCUCUCCAUCAAUGUGCUCUUCAAGGAGCAGUUCUCACAGCUGGAGGAGCCCGAGACGGGGCUUACCCCCUACGAGAAGGCCUUCGCGCGCUACCACGGCGCGCGUCCGGCGAACGACCCGCUGGCGCGCGCGGUGGCCUCUGGCCUGCUCUUCUUCCACCUCGGGCCCCGCAGGCUGCUGGCUGGCCUGCUGCCGCCCGCCUUCCGGCGCGCCAGCUGCGGCCUCCUGCGGGGCCCGCGCGAGCUGCGCGAGCAGCGCUACUGGCUGCUGUCCUGCUCGCUGUGGUCCGUCCUGGCAGCGGCUGCGCUUGUGCUCUGGCUCGUGCGGGACCGGCCCACCCGCUGGGGCAGCCUGGCAGAGCGGCCGCGGGCCUGCGGCGCGGGCCUCGGCCUCCUGCUCGGCGCGGCGCCCCUGGACCCCGCCGGCGUGCUGGCGGCCUUCGCGUGGCAGCACGUCGGGGGCGCCUCCUCCCGGGCCGCGCGGGCCGGCGCUCUGCCGGCUGCCGGAGACCCCGCGGCGCCCUUCUGCCAGGCGGUGGUGCUCGCCUCCUGGCUCGGCGUCGCUGUCUGCCUCGGCAGGGCGCAGGACCACGAGGCCGUAGCGCUGCUGUGCGCGGCCGGCGCGCUGCUGCUCGCCCGCGCCCUGGUGCGGCCGCUGGGCGCGUCGCUGCUGCAGUGGUACGCACUCCUGAGGGCCCAGGUUUCCAGCGGAUUUGACACGGUCCUUUGGUGGUAUCCUUCGGUGCUGAACGUGCACGGCUUGCUCGGGCAGGCGAGCUGA